AUGCUUUUCCCUUUAGAUGAAUUAGAAUUCAAAACAAAAACUGAAAUAUUUUCUAUCCCAAAAGAUUCAUAUUACAAUUGUUCAGAAACGAGUAAAGUUGAACUUCUGCCAGAACACCGAAAUUACAGUACUGUGCGUUUAUUACUCGAUAGACUUGAAGUUGAAGCUUUCCGACAAAGUUCAAGCAUUAAUUAUGUUGGUACAGAAUUUCGCUGCAGCAAUGAUAAUGAUAAAAGUCUAACCUACUUUAUCGUGGGUUUCUCUCUCUUCACUAUGGCUGUGAUCAUAACAUUUGUAUUAUGUUUAAGCAAUGACGAAAGCCGAGAAGUUUCAGUUGAUCCAUUCGGACCAAGAUUUUGA